UAACAAAUAAUGAUGAACUGAAUGGACUGGUAUAUAUGUGGGCAUAUGGCCGCUUAUUUUACCACCACUCUCCACGUUGAGGACAUCAAUGACUUCCAUCCCGGUCGCGUUUAUGUUUUUGGUUACGAGCCACAUUCGAUGUUGCCGAUCGGAGUUGUCACGUUGGUUGUACGCACAAGUUUCAUGCCUCUUCCCAAACUGAAAUGCCUUGCCUCCAGCCCUAUAUUCUACGUUCCAUUUCUGAGGCAUAUUUGGACAUGGUUGGGUGCUUCACCAGCCACAAGGAAGAACUUUUGUUCCCUGUUGGAAAAUGGUUAUAGUUGUAUUAUAGUGCCUGGUGGAGUCCAAGAGACAUUGAACAUGGAACAUCGCUCCGAGAUUGCAUUCCUUAAGGCACGAAGAGGAUUUGUUCGGAUUGCUAUGGAAACGGGGUGUCCCCUGGUCCCAGUUUUCGCCUUUGGUCAGUCACAUGCGUACAGGUGGUGGAAACCAGGUGGCAAGCUCAUCCUCCAACUUUCAAGAGCUAUCAAAUUCGUCCCCAUACUAUUUUGGGGAGCUUUUGGAACUCCGAUACCCUAUCAACAUCCGAUGCAUGUGGUUAUCGGGAAACCUAUUUACCUGACUAAAAACCCCCAACCCACUAACCAAGAGGCAUUUUCUUACAAUGCUUCCAUCGGUACUAACUAUUGUACGGUCUUUCAUUGCCUAUCAACAAUUGGAUAGCUAUUUUCUAGGUUA